AUGGCAGCACCACAAGGGGGCUACCCUCCCCAAGAAGGUCUCCGGUCUCGGCGCAAGGAGCGCCCGCUCCUGGCCCCGCGGGGGGGGAAGAAGAAAAGAGCGUAUGCUGGCGAGGCCUUUGAGUUUGGCUCUGGAGCCAAUGCUGGACUUGGUGGACAGCAGACUGCUGGAGGUGCCUAUGGCGCAUACCCCCAGCAGCCGCAGGUCGCGGGAUACCAGCAGCCCGCGUACGGGUCGGAUCCGACUCAGUUGCCGCCUGUGACGCCUGGUUAUGCUCCUCCUCCUGUUGCCCCUGCCGGGUCACACCAUGUGGCGCACAUGUCGCAGCAAUUCGGAGCAAUGGGAUUGGCCGAACCGCACCACUUGCCCCCGACGCAACAGCCGCCCAUGGCCCAGGCCCCGCGACCCGUUCAGCUCAACCAGCUCUACCCGACAGACCUUCUCUCUCAACCGUUCAAUGUGGCAGAACUGGACUACCCCCCACCUCCCGUGAUUCUGCCUCCGGGGACUAGCGUGUUCCCGUCCCCGAACGCCAAUUGCCCUCCGAAAUAUAUGCGGUCGACGUUGAACGCUGCACCGACGAAUAACUCUCUCCUCAAGAAGUCCAAAUUGCCCUGGGCCCUCGUCAUCCAGCCGUACGGAGCCCUUCACGACUCGGAAGACCCAAUCCCCGUUAUUCCGGACCAGGUGAUUUCACGAUGCAGACGCUGCCGCUCCUAUAUCAACCCCUUCGUUGUUUUCCUGGACCAAGGCCACCGUUGGCGUUGCAACAUGUGCAACUUGACCAAUGAUGUGCCGCAGGCGUUUGAUUGGGACUCGGCGCUGCAGCAGCCGACCGAGCGCUCGCUGCGUGCCGACCUCAACUAUAGCAUGGUGGAAUUCGUUGCGCCACAGGAAUAUAUGGUUCGACCGCCCCAGCCUUUAGUGUACCUCUUCUUGAUCGACGUGAGUUAUGCUUCCGUGACCAACGGUCUCCUCGCAACCAGUGCGCGCUGCAUUAAAGAAAGUCUUGAUCGCAUUCCCAAUGCCGACCGACGGACUCGGCUGGGUUUCCUCGCGGUCGACUCCAGCUUGCACUACUUCAGCAUUCCCCGGGAUGAUUCUGGAGCUUCGGACCCCCGCAUGUUGGUUGUCAGUGACCUCGAUGAACCCUUCCUGCCGAUUCCCGGUGAUCUCUUGGUGACGCUGAGCGAAUGUCGGGAGAACAUCGAAUCUUUCCUCGACAAGCUGCAGGAGAUGUUCCAGAACACCCAGAACAACAGCUGCGCGAUGGGCUCGGCAUUGCGGGCCGGCUACAAGCUGAUCGCUCCCGUUGGAGGCAAGAUGACCGUUCUGAGCUCUUCGCUGCCCAACAUUGGUCAUGGUGCACUCACCAUGAGAGAAGACAAGAAGGUACUGGGUACAAGCAAGGAAUCCAGUCUCCUCCAAACGGCCAACUCCUUCUACAAGAGCUUCGCCGUCGAGUGCUCCAAGGCGCAGGUAUCGGUGGAUAUGUUCCUCUUCUCGUCCCAGUACCAGGACGUGGCAUCCCUGAGCAACUUGCCCCGGUACACUGGUGGCCAGACCUAUUUCUACCCAGGCUGGAACGCUGCGCGCAGUGAGGACGCAAUCAAGUUUGCACGCGAGUUCUCUGAUUAUCUCUCAUCGGAGAUCGGUCUGGAGGCUGUUCUCCGUGUGCGCGCGACAACAGGUCUACGCAUGAGCACCUUCUACGGCAACUUCUUCAACCGCAGCUCCGAUCUUUGCGCCUUCCCGGCGUUCCCGCGUGACCAGGCGUACGUGGUCGAGGUGGCGAUCGAUGAGACUGUCCAGAAACCGGUCGUGUGCAUGCAGGCCGCUGUUCUCCACACUACUUGCAACGGCGAACGUCGCAUCCGCGUCCUGACCCUGGCAUUGCCUACGACCCAGAAUCUGGCGGAUAUUUAUGCCUCGGCUGACCAGCAAGCCAUUGCCACGUUCUUCAGCCACAAAGCUGUCGAGCGCGCCUUGAGCAAUGGCCUCGAGCCUGCCCGAGAAGCCCUGCAGGCGAAGAUUGUGGAGCUGUUGACCACGUACCGAAAGGAGCUUGCCGGUGGCAGCGUCAGCGGCGGUGGCUUGCAGUUCCCGGCCAAUAUGCGAGGACUCCCGAUUCUAUUCCUGGCGAUGAUCAAGAACCUUGGUCUUCGCAAGUCCGCGCAGAUCCCGACGGACAUGCGGUCCGCUGCGCUCUGCCUCUUGUCAACCCUGCCCCUGCCGCUCCUUAUUCAAUACAUCUACCCGAAGAUGUACUCCCUCCACGACAUGUCCGACGACGCCGGCAAGCCAGACUCGGAAACUGGCGAGAUCAUCCUGCCCCCGGCCGUCAACUUGUCCUCGGGGCGUUUGGCCUCGUUUGGCCUGUACCUCAUUGAUGACGGCCAGACACAGUUCCUGUGGGUCGGUCGCGACGCCGUGCCGCAACUCAUUGUGGAUGUCUUUGGCGUGCCCGACAAGACCCAGGUGCGGGUGGGCAAGCAGACUCUGCCGGAUGUUGACAAUGAGUUCAACCAGCGCGUGCGGGCGGUUGUGGAGAAGAGCCGCGACCACCGGGCCAAGGGGGUGGGUAGUAUGAUCGUGCCGCACCUGUAUGUGGUCCGCGAGGACGGCGAGCCGAGUCUCCGCCUCUGGGCACAAACGAUGUUGGUCGAAGACCGUGCGGACCAAAGUGUGAGCCUGGAGCAAUGGAUGGGCUCCUUGCGGGAAAAGGUUUGA